AACAGUAUGAUUUGAGAACAAAUGUAAGAAUAAGAUGUAGAAAUUGUCAAUAUUAAGGAUUCAGUCACAUGUGUUCAUGCAACUUAAUCAAGAGGAAAUAAUAAUGUUCAGAAUUUUGAUUUAUGGAUUCACGUUGUUUGUCCUGGCAUUAACGACCACAUCAAACUCAGGUGGGGAUGUAGAGGUUCGGUUAGUUGAUAAUCAAAAUGCUCCAUUAAUGGCGAUUUUGGACAUGUCGAAAGUAGACGAACGUGUUAAGCAGUUUGUAAGUGAUUCAAUUGAAGCAAAAAUGACAAAAUUUAGAGGAGACUAUGAGAUCGAAGCAGUUUGUUAGUGAUGCACUUGAAGCGAAAAUGAAAGCUCUAGAAGUGAUUGUUAAAUCGCAAAUUGCUAAUUUUGAAAGGAACUUGACUGAUCAGCUAACUGGUUACAUUAAUGAAAUGGUUGUCAAGGUAGAUGAAGAAAACGGGAAAUGUUCCACCUAUAUUCGAUGGGGAAGAAGUGACUGUUCUGGAGUUAAUACAGAAAUCGUCUAUUCAGGUUAUGCUGCCGGCGAAAAAUACUACUGGAGUUCCAGUUAUAGAGGUGGUGCUUCAAAUAUGCUUUGUCUCCCUAAUAAUCCAGAGCUUAGUGAUAAAGAGGGAUCAGGAGCUAGCUUUAUCUUUGGGACAGAAUUCGAAGGUAAUCAGUUUGCCUCUGAUUCUAGUGAUAAUGAUGUACCAUGUGCCUUAUGUAGGAGUAGUAAUACAACAUCAUCAGUUAUGAUCCCUGGCAGAAAAACAUGUUAUACUGGAUGGAAAGAAGAGUACAAUGGGAUACUUGCUUCAACCGCACACGAUCACACCCCAUCUCCAUACAUCUGUGUAGAUGCCCAUCCAACGUAUGUGAAAGGAGGCCAACGAAGCAACAAUGAUCACUUGUUGUACGUCACAGUGAUGAAAUGCGGCUCAUUGCCUUGUCCACCUUAUAAAGAUAACGUCCAAGUCUACUGCGUAGUCUGUUCUAAAUAAAGAUGUACGUUUUC